UGUACAGCUCCAGAUAGGAACGCCCUGUGUGUUAUUAUAGGUUCACCGUGUGUACAAAAACCGGUUUUCUCCGUCCCCGACCCCCACUUUUCUUCUAGCAUUUGUGAAGGAAGGUCGGUAACUGGCAACCUCCUGUUCAACUUCUUCCCGGGCUGUUUCACCAAAACCUACAACACAGGACAACAUGGCUGCCGCGGUGUUUGAGAAGUAUGAUACUAACAACGAUGGGACCAUCAGCAGAGGCGAGAUAAAGAACGCCCUGAAAGAUCUUGGAGUGACUCCGACAGAAAAGAUGCUUGACCAAUUUCUGGCGUUCUGUGACGAAAACAACGACGGGAAAGUUGGUAGAGAGGAGUUUGAGUACUUUGCCAAGGCCAUGGAACAGGUCAGAGGGCUCCAGCAGAUGUACGCCGAACUUGACGCGGAUGGCGACGGGAACAUAUCGGUGAAAGAGCUGUGCGACUGCUCCUACAAGUUCUGGAAACAGCAGUUCACCGAGGAAAAGGCGAAGGAGAUGCUGACAUGUGCAGAAGCAGACCUAGACCAGGAUGGCCGGGUGAGCGCCGAUGAGUUUCUCCAGCUGAUGUUCAAGGACAGGGCCUCGUACUGCGGUGGGAAAUAGUAAAGGAACCUACUGGCUCCGUGGAGAGGCCCAGAGCCCUCACAUGUCAAGACAAAUAGAAGUAGUAAUCUCCAAGCAGAUCCUACGGUACCAU